AUGGGAAGAGCACCAUGCUGCGACAAAAAUGGACUUAAGAAAGGUCCAUGGACUCCUGAAGAAGAUCUCAAGCUUGUCAACUAUAUUCAGAAGCAUGGACCAGGAAAUUGGCAAAACCUCCCUAAGAAUGCAGGGCUUCAAAGAUGUGGGAAAAGUUGCCGCCUCAGAUGGACUAACUACUUGAGACCUGAUAUCAAGAGAGGAAGAUUCUCAUUUGAAGAAGAAGAGGCAAUUAUCCAACUACACAGCGUCUUGGGAAACAAGUGGUCAGCCAUUGCAGCUCGCUUGCCGGGAAGGACUGACAACGAAAUCAAGAAUUACUGGAACACCCACAUAAGAAAAAGACUUCUCCGAAUGGGGAUUGAUCCUGUGACUCACACUCCUCGCCUUGAUCUUCUUGAUCUCUCGUCUAUUAUUGGCUCCUCCUUAUGCAACCCAUCACUUCUCAAUCUCUCAACCUUAUUGGGUGCUACUUCCACACAAUCCCUUUUCAAUCCUGAACUCCUAAGGCUUGCAUCCACAAUCUUAUCCCUUAAACAACAUCAAAACCCGGAAAUUAUUUCCCAAUAUAACAAUAGUCUUCCAGAAAACCAGCUCCUUCAUAUGCAACAAAACCAACCAUUCCCAUCAUUACAGCCAAAUCAUGAUGACAUUAAUCAUGAUCAAUUCCAAAAUCCCGUCCAAUCAGCUCUGAUUAAUGUUGAUCAUCAAGGGUUAUCAUCGAACAACGUGACAAGUACUACAAACCUUACUACCCAAGACAAUAUUAAUAAUGUGAUUGGUACUAAUAUUCCUUCUACUACUUUAGCUGAAAAUCUUGUUGCUCAUGAUCUACCAGCUGAAAGUUCGUAUUUCCAGAACUUGUUCGACUACAGCAACAAGGAUUUCAGCUUCGAUUCUGUUAUGUCGACGCCGUCAUCAAGCCCAACUCCGUUGAAUUCCUCGUCGACGACGAAUGUCAACAGUGGCGCCGAGGACGAGAGAGAAAGCUACUGCAGCAACUUGUUGAAGUUUGAAAUCCCUGAGAGUUUGGACAUCAGCGAUUUCUUGUAA